UGGAUCGACUUCAUUGGCCUGUCGCGCGCCCGUCUUUGUUCACCUGAACCCAACAUUCCUCGUCACACAGUCUGCCAAGGAAAGAACGUCCGUCAGCAUGGAUACUUCACUCUUUACACUUCUCGUCUAUUUCAUGGUGUCUUCCAGCCUUGUCAUCGCUCAGACAUACACGGAAGGCCUCGUUACUGCUCUCAAUGCCGCAAACCUGACGACCCUCGCUUCUCUCGCUCAGAACAACACCAACUUUGUGACGCUGCUGGAGAACGGCGGAAACAAAACGCUUUUGGCACCGACUGACGAGGCGUUGGUCGUGGUCGCUGACGCGUCCGCCAGCUUACUUGAGGCUACACUUCAGUAUCACAUUUUAAAUGGAACCGUGCGCGAAUCGGGCAUCAACGGAGAAAAGAAUUACAUCGCUUCCACGUUUCUCACUCUUCAGGAGUAUGUCAGCUUGCCUGAUGGACGUUCUCAAGCGAUUGUAUUGCGCAAAGCCAAUGGCGACGGCAAUAUUCCUUACGUUGCGGGUGCGAGCCGGAACUCGACAUUCGCGAACUCAACCGAUGGUUCCACAUAUGAGAACGUUUUGAUUCAGCCUAUCGAUGCCGUGGCAUUCAUCCCUUCCAACCUGAGUUCGACUUUGACAGCCAUCAAUGCCACCACUUUCUUCCAAGCGACGAAUCUCACUAGCCAGCUCGCUGCUCUCAGUUCCAGCCGAGACGGCCUGACCAUCUUUGUCCCCACCAACGAGGCGAUGGACGCCGCAGGGGCCCAAAUCGUCAGCGCAUCAGAGUCGGAGAGAGCCAAUGUUUUGGCGAACCAUGUGCUUAAUGGCACGCUGGUAUACUCAACCCAGCUGCAAGGCUCCGGGGCAAUGGCGUCUGCUGUUUCUUCUAGCGGCAACGUCCUUUCGUUUAGCUCUCAGAACAAUAACCUCGAAGUGACUUCAGGAAAUGCUACUGCCCGCAUCACUCGUGCCGACAUACUCGUGUCCAAUGCUGUCAUUCACAUCAUCAACACCGUGCUUUUCAAUACCUCGUCCAACCCGGAGGCAGCUGCUUCUGCAUUUCAGAGCGCUACAGGCAAACCGGCGCCGUCCGCUACACGCGCCGCAAGCGCUGAGAAUGCGGCUGCUAUCACCCAUGUACAUGUUUUUGGCGUCGCUGCUGCAGUUGCAGCUGCGCUCAUCGGCGCCGCUGCCGUUUUGCCUCAUCCAUAAAUUCAAACGGACCUAGACUUGUACAUUGCCCAUUUCUUUUUUCAACGGUGUAAAUUUGUUAAUCAAACGCAAAUGCCGAACACUGAUAUCUUGC